AUGUUAAGUCUUCAACUUGCUCCAGGUCAAUCUUUUCUUCACUUUCGAGCAGAGGCGGAGCCAGCGCCCGGCCAGGUAGGGCAGCUGCCCGGGCUCAACCGCCGACAAGAAAGAAUCAAAGCCUAUGUGUGUCUCAGUGUUCCCUUCCUCCGUAGAAACCCUAAAUUCAGAAUCGUAGAUGGCUUGCGUGCUGCUUAUGGUGAAGAUUAUUAUAUCUGCAUAUUUCAGGAACCCGGAAAAAUGGAAGCUGAGAUAGCUGAGGCUGGCACUACAUAUGUGCUGAAAAAUAUCCUCACAACUCGCCAAACUGGUCCUCCGAUUCUUCCAAAGGGAAAGUAUGGAAUUGGAUUCAACCCGGAUGUACCGGGCACUCUGCCAUCUUUUUCAUUUCAAUGA